AUGAAACGUCGAGGUAUGGACAUGAACUAUGCGGCAAUGUCUAUGCAACAAUUACAACCACAUUCACCACAACUUGGACCACCACAAGGAAUGGGACAACAACAGGGACCACCCGGAAAUGCGCGUAUUUUAGCGAUUAACCCGGCGAUGAAUUAUGGCCUCCCCGCAAUGGGAGCCCCGCGAAUGCUUCAAUGUGGACCACCACCGCCACCACCGCCACCAUUGAAUGAGCCGGCCUACCUGCUACCAACCUAUGGUCAUACAUCUCCCACACCGGUUGACUUCUACAAUCCGAAGUCGUACACAUUCGAAGAGAUCACACCCAAUGGCGAUCCGUUCAUUCCACCCAGUUAUGCGCCCGAGAUGAAGAAUGCCGUUGUACUACAGCCUCUGUAGUG